AUGAGCAGCGGAACGUAUGGUAGCGAUGAAGUUGGUGCUCUAGUCAUUGAUAUUGGUUCUCAUACAGUUCGCGCUGGUUAUGCCGGUGAAGAAACGCCCAAAUAUGAUUUUCCAAGUCACGUUGGAAUCUUAGAGAUACCCAACGAUGAAAACGCCAUGAACGUUGAUGACACACAAAUGAUAACUAUGCCGAAGAAGAAAUAUUUCUUUGAUUUGAAUUCACUUCGUGUUCCACGUUCGAAUCUGUAUAUGCAAACAUUUUUAAAAGAUGGAAUGAUUGACGAUUGGGACUUAUUCGAACAAAUCAUGUCACAUACAUUCGAUUGCCUUUGUGACAAAGAACAAGGUCCACAGUAUCAUCCGAUCGUCAUGUCUGAACCACCGAUCAAUCAGCGUUUUAAACGUGAAAAGUUAUGCGAAAUCAUGUUUGAGAAAUUUCAAAUUCCAGCAUUUUAUCUAGCAAAGAAUGCGGUUCUUUCGUCAUUCGCUCAAGGUAAAGCAACAGCAUUAAUACUCGAUUGUGGCGCAACGCACACAACAGCUGUACCUGUUCAUGAAGGAAUGGUUUUACAAAAAGCCAUUGUUCAAUCACCACUUGGCGGUGAUUUCAUUCUAUCACAAUUGAAGCAAUUACUAGACAAUCAACAUCAUGAGAUAGUUCCACAUUAUUUGAUUAAAUCACGUGAACCCGUUCAACCAUAUGAGCAGCCGAAGUGGACGAUGAAAACGAAUUUACCAGAGAAUAUUAGUGAUUCGUAUAAGAAGUUUAUGACGAAAGAAGUUUUACAAGAUUUAGCACAAACUGUUUUACAAAUAUCUGAUACACCGUAUAACGAAAACGAAAUUAGUCAAUUACCACGCGUUGCAUACGAAUUUCCUAAUGGAUUAAAUCUCGAUUUCGGUGAAGAACGUUAUCGUAUUCCUGAAAGUUUAUUUAACCCAUCAAUCGUCAAAGGUGGCAAUGUACAAUUAACUUCAAUGCUUGAUCUUCCACGUCUAGUAACAAACUCAGUUACAAUGUGCGAUCCCGAUGUUCGAUCGUCACUUUAUUCCAAUAUAAGUAUCGUCGGUGGUAAUUCGUAUUUUCUUGGCCUUGUCGAACGUCUUCAUCGUGAACUAUCACAAAUUUUACCCCAAGCAAUGCGAAUAAAAGUUCAUAUUCCACCUUCGCUUAGCGAACGACGAUUUAGCUCAUGGAUUGGCGGUUCUAUUCUUGCUUCAUUGGGUUCAUUUCAUCAAAUGUGGAUAUCCAAACAAGAAUAUGAUGAAAGUGGAAAAUUUAUCAUCGAUAGAAAAUGUCCAUAA